UUUCUCCUCGCUCCUGUGCUAGCCGCCAUCUUGAAUUUUAAUGUUAAUUUCUGAAAAUUUUUGUUUCCUGUGAUAUUUUCGUUUAGGGUGUUGUGCCAAUUGUGCAUUUAUUUUGAAGAAUUAUCUGUUGUUUUAUUUUGAAAGAAACAUUUUCGUGACAAACCCUAAACUCAAGCCUUCCCCACUCAAGAGCAUUCCCUCAACUCGGAGACUAAAUGCAACUGGACCAGGGGGCUUGUGGGUAUGAAGUGGCUGGGCGAAUCCAAGAACAUGGUAUUAAAUGGCAGACGACAUGGAAGCAGGUUUUCCACUGAGCAGCCAGUGAGCCAGAGUCAGAGCCAGACCCGCUCUCAGCACCUCCAGCGGACGUCCCUGCGACCCGGCAAGAGCCACCCUAGCAGCAGAAGAUGUAGCCGCCGGUUCAGUGCGGCCAGCCUGGAAGCAGAGAGGCGCUAUGUCCCCUCUUCAGGAAUGACUGCCAAGGAGCUGUGUGAGAACGAUGACCUGACCACCAGCCUCAUUCUAGACCCGUACCUGGGCUUUCAGACUCACAAGAUGAACACCAGGUUUAGACCAAUCAAGGGUAGGCAGGAGGAACUGAAGGACAUUAUUGAGCGUUUUAAGAAGCAUGACAACCUUGAGAAAGCCUUCAGGUCCCUAACCUCAGGAGACUGGUCCAGACACCAUUUUCUCCACAAGACCAAGUCCCAGGAAAAACUCUUCAAACAGCAUGUGUUUGUUUAUCUCCGGAUGUUUGCCACUGACAGUGGGUUUGAGAUUCUUCCAUGUAAUCGCUACUCCUCUGAGCAAAAUGGAGCUAAAAUCGUAGCUACAAAAGAGUGGAAACGGAAUGAUAAGAUCGAGUACCUAGUUGGCUGCAUUGCCGAGCUUUCAGAGAGUGAGGAAAACAUGUUGCUCCGGCACGGGGAGAAUGACUUUAGUGUCAUGUACUCUACACGCAAGAACUGUGCUCAGCUAUGGUUGGGUCCGGCCGCCUUUAUUAAUCAUGAUUGCCGGCCAAACUGCAAGUUUGUGUCAACAGGAAGAGACACUGCCUGUGUGAAGGUUCUGAGGGACAUUGAACCAGGAGAGGAAAUAUCAUGUUACUACGGGGACGGAUUUUUUGGGGAAAACAAUGAAUUUUGUGAAUGCUAUACAUGUGAACGACGAGGCACAGGUGCUUUUAAAUCCAAGGCGGGGCUACCUGCAGAAGUGCCAGUGAUCAAUAGCAAGUACGGGUUGCGGGAGACAGACAAACGGCUCAACAGGCUGAAGAAGCUGGGGGAGGGGAGCAGGAGCUCGGACAGUCACUCUGUGGGCUCCCACACAGACAUUGACUCUCAGGAAAUGCCAAAAACACAUCCAUCAGUAAGGAAAAGGACUUCCCCUGGCAUGAAGUUUAGCAAAACCAGGACUCAAACAAGACAGUCUCUUUCGAGAGCGCUUACCUCUACCUCACCUUCAAAACAAAGUCAUAUAAACAAUAACAGGGUACCAAAGAGACUAAAAUCCCAACCCUCCAAGCCUUUGCUCAGUAGAGUUCGGUUGCGAAAUCGUGGGCGAGGGUCAGAGUCCAAGUCAUCAGCCAAAGUGGAUGUGGGUAGGCUGGGUCUCAGGGAGUCUAAGGGAUCGCUGUGUAAAGGCAUCUCGGUCAAGAAGGAGAAAGACGAGCAGGGGGCACUACAGACGCUGGGUCAGCGGGGCUGCUUGACCCGCCAUGCGGCGAAGGAGAACAGCAGUUUGCCGGGCACACCAGGCUCUGACUUUAAUCAGUCUUGCACUUACAGAACUCGCAGGUCCACUAGGACCCUUGUAAAGGCCCAGGACACCACUGGAGUCAAGCUUGAGACUGGGUCUAUGGACGGCCGCAGCCCGGUCCCUAGCGGGGUGGUCAUUAAAACGGAACCAGCGGACAUAGAUGAGUACCUCCACCACGGACUUGAGCUGGAGCAGUCGGCUUUGGGGCCCAGCUAUUCCAGGAGAGGGACCUGCACCAGACGAAACCGAAUGACUCAGCUUCGGCCCGAGCGAACGAUAAAGCUUGAGGACUCUUAUGAUGAGUCGUUUACACCUGCGGCAACAGCUGCUCAUGGUGGAAACAACAUUACAGACUGUGGUAAUAUGCUGCUCGGCCUCCCCGACCGGCACAGGGACUACAACGGGGUGUCUAAUGGUAGCAAGUCCCUCCGAAGAGACAAGGACAAAAGCAGCUGUAGGUCACAGGGCAAGGGGAAGAAGAAGCGACGAAUCACACGCUAUGAUGCCCAGCUGAUCUUGGAAAACAGCACGGGCAUCCCCAAACUGACCCUCCGCCGGCGGAGAGACAGUAGCAGCAGCAAGACCAAUGAGCCUAGUGAGACCAUUGGAUCGACCAGCACCCCCGCCACCACCGUGAACUCCUCUUCCUCCAAAAUCAGCAUUAAGUUCAGCAAGGACCACGACAAGGACAAGGGCAGCUCAUACGUGGCCAAACUGAACAACGGCUACGGUCCCAGUGCUCACAGCAGCUCCACCAAGUUGAAGAUCCAGCUGAAGAGGGAGGAUGAUGGGCGGCGUGUCUCCCAGACUCACUCCGAUGAGGUUAGCUAUAACGGGGACAUGGGCCAGACCCUUGAGAGGAAUGGCGGGCAUAGGACCCAAAAUGUCAUAGAGGAGUCUUCGUCUGAAGAAGAUGAAGACGAGGAGGAGGAGGAAGAGGAAGACGAGGACGAUGACGAUGAUUACUUUGACAAUGAGUUUGAGGACGAUUUCAUUCCACUCCCGCCGGCAAAGCGUCUCCGACUCAUUGUGGGUAAAGACUCCAUAGACAUCGAUAUCUCCUCCAGGAGGAGAGAGGAUCAGUCUCUGAGGCUCAAUGCAUAAGCUCUGGAGGUCAUCACUCCACCUUUCAUGUAAAUAAAGAUGACUCACUAAUCAACUGUUGUGUUGAUGUAAAAGAAGUACAGUAAUUUAAAAACAAAAGGUUGCUGAAAAAUGUAAAAGAAUCAAAAUGAAAGUCUCUGUAUAUUAAAGGGAUAGUUCACCUGAUAUGACAUACCCUGAUAUAUAUCAGAGUAUAUACCCUGAUAUAUAUCAUCUUGCUUUGUUUUGCUUACUUAGGGUUAAUUUGUUUUGUUUUUCUCCCCCAUUCAUUUAGACAGACAGUUGGGCCACUUUCCAGAGCCUAUGGCUAGCAUGCAUAAUUUGAACUAGUUAUAAUGGUGACAGACGAGAUAAGGUAAAGGCCAGCUUUGUGAGACUUUCUUUUCAGAGAGCUAUUAUUAAUUGAAAUAAAUUACUGAUGCGUUUGGAAGCUGCCUGAUAACCUGAACAUGGGCAUUCAUUUUGGUUUAUUGACAAUGACCCUGCGUAAGUAAAAAGCAAUGGUUGAGAUGUAUUUAGGUGAACUAUCUUUUUAAGUGAAUGCACUUCUGUUGUUUUAUUCAUAAUGGACAUGAAUAUUGUAGAAAGUGUACAGUAUGGUGACUACCCCCUCUGUCUCAUAGGCAGACUUUUAUUGAACGUUUUUGUUUCUGUUGCACAAUCCUUUUGGCAAACCAGGCUUGUUUUUUUUUACAUGGAAAGUAGGUCCAGAACCAUUCUGAUUAUAUCAGUUAUUGCAGAUCAGGUGCCAUGUUUCCAUUAUACAGUGUAACUCAUUAAGGGCUGAAUUUGGCAGGUUUAAGAUGUCGGCAAAUUCCCCACUGACGGCCACAGGAUAUUACUGAAUACUUUCCAUUGUUAAUUGUAGUUUGUUCUCUUCUUGAAAAGGAAGGUCAUCUCAAAUUCUAAUAGGUAAUUUUAUCAGUUUUAAAAUUAAGAUGAUUUAAGUAUUUGGAGCACCCUCAAUAUUAACCUGAGUUUCAAGCAAACAUUAUAAUAAUGUGUUUUCUGCUAGCAUAAUCCAACUACUGGAAUAAUAGGAUAGGUUUUAUAUCACACUAUUAUUUCACUUCAGUAGCUUUGCUCAUGCCCUGCUGCGACGCUGCCAGAUAAAAGCACACAAAACGCUGUUUACAACAAGAUAGGAACAGUGAUGUGAAGUUGUGUAAAAACUGAAUACGUUGGUAAUUUAAUUUCAGUCUUGGUGUACAUCUGUUGAAUGGCAACAUGGCACUUGUGUGGUUCAAGCUUUUGAACACUAAUCACUGAAAAGGUCAAUUAAAGGGUUUAUUAGCAUACAUGUAUAAAGGGGGCCUGUAUGCUUUUAGAAAAGAACUAUCAUGACAGUAAAAAAAAAAAAAAAAAGGUAAUGUACAGAAAGACUGCCCCAUCUUCUCCAAAAGACAGAUGUAACUCUUUGAUCAUAGUUACUUAUCAUUCAAAUCCCAUCAGAUAACAUGUCCUCCCAACAGUCGGGCUGUCUGGAAUAACACAGAUGUUACUUUCACGGACGUUCUUUUUUGUUGUAUUUGAGUUUUUGGUGCUAUUCAAUUCUUAACCACCUAAUUGCUAAUUGAUCAAAUGCGUGGCCCCAUAAUGAAACACAUAGUUGAUAGAUCAUCAAAAUCCAUAGAAGGUAUUAGGUCCAGUGUAAUUUUGGUUGGGUCGGACCAUUUAAUCAACCACAAAGACUAUGAUCUUGGGCCAGCAUUGGGUCUUUGUCUUGAAACAAAAACAUAAGCAUCUGACUUCAUUUGUAAAUUGCCAAAUUACAACAAAUGUGAUAAUCAUUUUUCAAGCAGCAUUAGGUGCCUUAACAUUAAACCUCGGACAUAGUUAGGUUUUAUUGAAAAAGCAUUUAGACAUUUUUUUCAUUCAUGGUAACAAUGGGAACACUUUACAGGCCCCCUCUUCAGUCCUUCUGUAUAUUAUUUUCAUAGUUUUUGUAGUGUGGAAGUACUGAACUGCCAAAUGGAUCAAGGGAUCAACUGAGAUGAAUGUUAACCCACUUUAGUUUUUCUUAUGUACUGUUCAUAUCACCAGCAGCUAAUCACAGUUCAGAACCUGGCUAAAUAUGUCCUUUCCCUCUGUGGAUGUCUCCAUUCUACACUGUAUGCUGUUCCAGGUGUACCGUCUGUGUGGUCUUUGUUCAAUAGCCAGCUGUCGAGAUUUCUGAUUUCCUGAUAAAUAAAUAAAAAAGAAAGAAAUGUGAAUAGUUUGCGGACAUUUUAAAGUGUUGUGUGGGUAGCAGGAAAGACUUAAGAGAAUUGAAAUUGGGCAGUGCUUAUACUGUAUUGUCCAGUAUGUAAAUCAUGUGAACACACCUUGUACUUAUUUAACAGUUUUGAAUACUUGAAAACAACAUAAAGUUUCUUUGUGAGAAUAAAUUAUUUUCUUUUGUG